CACCCCGGUUCCCACCACACAGAGGAGGGGAUUCUGGUCGCCGCCCCACAUCUGUUUGCUCGACCCAAAUUUGGGAGUGGGUGUCAGGUUCCCGGCAGGGGCGGGGCGGCCAGGCCUGAAGGACGUGGGGACACGGGCCAGACCGACUGGCCCCCCGCGCGGACGGAAGCGAACCCCAGCCGUGAGGGCCAACCUCCAGGAUGGCGGAAGCGCACCAGGCCGUGGCCUUCCAGUUCACCGUGACCCCAGACGGGGUGGACUUCCGGCUCAGUCGGGAGGCCCUGAAGCACAUCUACCUGUCCGGGAUCAACUCCUGGAAGAAACGCCUGAUUCGCAUCAAGAAUGGCAUCCUCAGGGGCGUGUACCCUGGCAGCCCCACCAGCUGGCUGGUCAUUGUCAUGGCGACGGUGGGCUCUUCCUACUGCAAGGUGGACAUCUCCAUGGGGCUGGUGUGCUGCAUCCAGAGAUGCCUCCCUGAGGGAUGUGGCCCCUACCGGACCCCACAGACCCGGGCACUUCUCAGCAUGGCCAUUUUCUCCACUGGGGUCUGGAUGAUGGGCAUCUUCUUCUUCCGCCAAACCCUGAAACUGCUUCUUUCCUACCACGGUUGGAUGUUCGAGAUGCACGGCCAGACCAGCCACUUCACCAAAGUCUGGGCUGUGAGCAGGAGCCGGUGGAGGGGUUCAGGCAUCUGGUUUGAGACUCUGGGGACCUCAUUUGGGGUUGUAAGCUGGGAGAGGCAGAUCUGUGUCCGCCUGCUGUCCAGCCGGAGGCCCAUGCUCUACAGCUUCCAGACAUCCCUGCCCAAGCUUCCUGUGCCCAGCGUGCCGGCCACAGUUCAGCGGUACUUGGAGUCUGUGCGGCCCUUGCUGGAUGAUGAGGAAUACUACCGAAUGGAGGUCCUGGCCAAGGAAUUCCAGGACAAGACCGCCCCCCGGCUGCAGAAGUACCUGGUCCUCAAGUCAUGGUGGGCAACCAACUAUGUGAGUGACUGGUGGGAAGAGUAUGUGUACCUGCGCAGCAGGGCGCCUCUCGUGGUGAACAGCAACUACUAUGUCAUGGACUUCGUGCUCAUCAAGAAUACAAACAUCCAGGCAGCCCGCCUGGGCAACGUCGUGCACGCUAUGAUCAUGUACCGCCGUAAACUGGACCGCGAGGAGAUCAAGCCUGUGAUGGCCCUGGGCAUUGUGCCCAUGUGUUCCUACCAGAUGGAGAGGAUGUUCAACACGACCCGGAUCCCGGGCAAGGAGACAGACCUGCUGCAGCACCUGUCGGACAGCAGGCACGUGGCUGUCUACCACAAGGGCCGCUUCUUCAAGCUGUGGCUGUAUGAGGGCUCCCAGCUGCUCAAGCCCUGCGACCUGGAGCUGCAGUUCCAGAGGAUCCUGGACGACCCGUCCCCGCCCCAGCCCGGGGAGGAGAAGCUAGCAGCGCUCACGGCCGGGGGAAGACUGGAGUGGGCACAGGCGCGCCAGGCCUUCUUCAGCUCCGGCAAGAACAAGGCUGCUCUGGAUGCCAUCGAGCGAGCUGCCUUCUUUGUGGCCCUGGACGAGGAGUCUCACCACUACGACCCCGAGGAUGAGGCCAGCCUCAGCCUGUACGGCAAGGCCCUGCUGCACGGCAACUGCUACAACAGGUGGUUCGACAAGUCUUUCACGGUCAUCGCCUUCAAGAACGGCCAGCUGGGCCUCAACACAGAACACGCGUGGGCAGACGCCCCCAUCAUAGGGCACCUCUGGGAGUUUGUCCUGGGUACUGAGACCUUUCACCUCGGCUACACGGAGACUGGGCACUGCCAGGGCAAAGCUAACCCCGCGCUGGCCGCUCCCCAGCGGCUGCAGUGGGACAUCCCUGAGCAGUGCCGAGCGGUCAUCGAGAGCUCCUGCCAGGUGGCCACGGCACUAGCCGACGACGUGGAGCUGUACUGCUUCCAGUUCCUGCCGUUCGGCAAAGGCCUCAUCAAGAAGUGUCGCACUAGCCCGGACGCCUUCGUGCAGAUUGCCCUGCAACUCGCCCACUUCCGGGACAGGGGCAAGUUCUGUCUCACCUACGAGGCCUCCAUGACCAGGAUGUUCCGGGAGGGACGGACCGAGACCGUGCGCUCCUGCACCAGCGAGUCCACAGCCUUCGUGCAGGCCAUGGCAGAGGGGUCCCGCAUGAAAGCUGACCUCCGAGACCUCUUCCGGAAGGCUUCCAAGAAACACCAGAAUAUGUACCGCCUGGCGAUGACAGGGGCUGGCAUAGACAGGCACCUCUUCUGCCUCUACGUGGUCUCCAAGUACCUGGGGGUCAGCUCCCCUUUCCUGGCUGAGGUGCUCUCGGAGCCCUGGCGCCUCUCCACCAGCCAGAUUGCUCAAUUCCAGAUCCGCAUGUUCGACCCAGACAAGUACCCCAAACACCUGGGCGCCGGUGGUGGCUUUGGCCCUGUGGCAGACGAUGGCUACGGGGUUUCCUACAUGAUCGCGGGCGAGAACACCAUCUUCUUCCACAUCUCCAGCAAGUUCUCAAGCUCAGAGACGAACGCCCAGCGCUUUGGAAACCACAUCCGCCAAGCUCUGCUGGACAUCGCUAAUCUUUUCCAAGGUCCCAAGGCUGACAGCUGAGGGCUGGAGACAGGCCAGCUGCCCUGUCAUCCCUGCACUGUGGAGGAGGGGGCCCAUGGUUGGCUCGAGGCACAGGGGUGGCCAUGCACGGGUGCCCAGGCUCCAAGGACACCUCCGGCAGCAGGCCCUCCCCAGGCAGAUGCUGCUCCCUGAGGGCCCAGGCAGUGGAAGUGGGGUUUAGCACGGGGGCGGGGGGUGGUGGUGGUGGUAGAAAUUCUGGUUUUCUUUUUCUUGCUAAUAAAGAUACUAAUAAAGAUAAAUCUCUGUAAUUCUC